AUGCUGAAGAAUUUGAGCAUACUGUACCUUUACCAAAAUAGUCUCUCUGGUGAGUUGCCAAGUUUGGUUGAAGCAUUGAAUUUGACACAAGUUGAUCUUGCAAAGAAUAAUCUCAUAGGGAAAAUACCGGACGAUUUUGGAAAGCUUCAAAAGUUAACAGUGUUGCGCUUACACGCGAAUAAUUUUACAGGAGAGAUUCAAGAAAGCAUAGGCCAUCUUAAAUCUUUGACAGAGUUUAAUGUUUUUAUGAACAAGUUUUCAGGUACUCUUCCUAUUAAUUUUGGUCUUUCUUCAAAGCUUGAAUAUUUUCAUAUUGCAAUGAAUAAUUUUAAGGGAAGGUUACCAGAGAAUUUGUGCUAUCAUGGCAUGCUAAAAAAUUUGACUGUUUAUGAAAAUAAUCUAAGUGGUGAGUUACCAAAAUCACUUGGGAAUUGUAGUACCUUGGUUGAGCUGAAAGUUUACAAGAAUGAGUUUUAUGGUAAAAUUCCUGAUGGUCUUUGGAGAGCUAGAAAUUUGGUGUUUUUUAUGGUAAGCCAUAACAAGUUCAGUGGUGAACUUCCUCAAAAUUUGUCUUCAAAUAUUUCACUUUUUGAUAUAAGUUAUAAUCAGUUUUAUGGUGGAAUUCCAAUUGGAGUAGCUUCUUGGACUAAUGUGGUUAGGUUCACAGCUAGCAAGAAUUAUCUUAAUGGAAGUGUUCCUCAAGAGCUAACAGCACUUCCUAAACUUGAAAGAUUGUUGCUUGAUCAAAAUCAGCUUAAAGGGUCACUUCCAAAUGAUAUAGUAUCAUGGAAAUCACUAGUGAUUUUAAAUUUGAGCCAAAAUCAACUUAUUGGUAAAAUUCCAAGUUCAAUUGGUCAUUUACCUUCGCUUAGUGUUCUCGAUCUAUCAGAAAAUCAAUUCUCGGGCGAAAUACCUUCUAUACCUUCUAGAAUCACAAAUCUCAAUCUAUCAUCGAAUUAUUUGACAGGAAAAGUUCCUAGUGAUUUUGAAAACUCAGCUUUUGGUACAAGCUUUUUGAACAAUUCUGGUUUAUGUGCUGAUACACCAAAACUCAGUCUCACCCUUUGCAAUUUCGGCCUUGAAAAACCAACCAAAACCUCACAUUGGUCUAUUGGUUUGAUUAUUAGCCUCAUUCUGGUGACUUUCUUGUUGGCUUUGUUUGCAUCAUUCAUGAUUAUCAAACUUUCCAAGAAAGGAAAACACGAAUCGGAAAGUUCAUGGAAGCUCAUUGCAUUUCAAAGGCUAAGUUUCACAGAAUUAGACAUACUUUCCUCAAUGACAGAACAAAAUAUCAUCGGCAGCGGUGGGUUCGGCACGGUAUACCGUGUUCCUGUUAACAGUUUAACCUAUGUUGCUGUGAAAAAAAUCAUGUGUAACAGAAAGUUAAGGCAAAAGCUCGAAACUUCAUUUCGCGCGGAAGUUAAACUAUUGAGCAGUAUUCAUCAUCGAAACAUUGUGAAGUUGUUGUGUUGCAUCUCUAAUGAGGAUUCAAUGAUGCUUGUGUAUGAGUAUUUGGAACACAGCAGCCUAGACAAAUGGCUACACAACAAGAAUAAGUCAUCAAAUAAGUUGGGUUCCGCGCGACAUGUUGUCCUUGAUUGGCCGAAGCGAAUGCAAAUAGCCAUUGGAAUUGCUCAUGGUUUGUGCUACAUGCAUCACGAUUGCUCGCCUCCGAUUGUUCACCGCGAUAUAAAAACAAGCAACAUACUUCUGGAUUCUCAAUUCAAUGCAAAAGUUGCUGAUUUCGGUCUUGCUAGAUCGUUGACGAAACCGGAAGAAUUCAACACCAUGUCAGCUGUUAUUGGAUCAUUUGGUUAUAUGGCUCCAGAAUAUGUUCAAACAACAAAAAUCAAUGAAAAGAUUGAUGUGUUUAGCUAUGGUGUGAUCCUAUUGGAGCUAACAACCGGUAAAGAAGCUAACUAUGGUGAUGAGCAUUCAUCACUUGUAGAAUGGUCAUGGAGGCAUGUUCUUGUAGGAAGCAACAUAGAAGAUGUGUUAGACAAAGAUUUUGUGGAACCAAGUUGUUUGGAUGAAAUGUGUAGCAUUUUCAAACUUGGGAUAAUGUGUACUUCUACACUUCCUUCUGGUAGACCUUCCAUGAAGGAAGUGUUGCACUUAUUGGUUAGAAGUGAAAGAGGGUUUGUGUUUGGAGGUAGGAAUGAUGUUGUGGGAGAAAAUGAUGGUGUUCCUUUUCUUAAAAAUUCUAAAUUGGAAAGUAGGAGGAUUGAUGUUGUGGAUACUGAUAGUGACUAG